CUCGGCGACGUCGAGGUCGAGGUGCGGCCCGACUGGGCGCCGCUCGCGAGCGAACGCUUCCGCGAGCUCGUCGACGCCCGAUUCUUCGACGACAGCCGGCUCUUCCGCGUGCUCCCGGGCUACGUCGCGCAGUUCGGCAUCGCCGGCGAGCCCGCGGUCAACAAGGAGUGGCUUCUGCCCAAGGAGAAGCGGCUCCUCGACGAGCCGCGCACGACGACGAACGCCCGGGGCACGCUCUCCUUCGCGAGCGGCGGCAAGAACACGAGGACGACGCAGAUCUACGUCAACCUCGGCGACAACGGCGGCCUGCCAAACAUGCUCGACGCGCAGGGCUUCGUGCCCUUCGCGCGCGUCACGCGGGGCAUGGACCUCGUCGACAAG